GGUCCUUUAGCCAAGAUGCCCAAGGAAACCCAGACCCAAGACCAGCCGCUGGAGGAGGAGGAGGUGGAGAUGUUCGCCUUCCAGGUGGAACUUGCCCAGUUGAUGUCGCUGAUCAUCAACACAUUCUACUCGAAUAAAGAGAUCUUGUUGAGGGAGCUUAUUUCAAAUUCGUCCAAUGCUCUGGACAAGAUCAGGUAUGAGACCUUGACAGAUCCUAGUAAACUAGAUUCUGAGAAAAAGCUGCAUGUUAACCUCAUUCCGAACAAGCAAGAUCAAACACUCACUAUUGUGGACACCGGGAUUGGAAUGACCAAGGCCGAUUUGAUCAACAAUCUUGGUACCAUUGCCAAGUCUGGGACCAAGGCAUUCAUGGAGGCUUUGCAGGCUGGUGCAGAUAUUUCUAUGAUUGGCCAGUUUGAUGUCGGGUUUUAUUUGGCCUAUUUGGUGGCCGAGAAAGUGACUGUUAUCACCGAACAUAACGAUGAGCAGUAUGCCUGGGAGUCUUCUGCAGGAGGAUCCUUCACAGUUAGGACUGAUACAGGAGAAACUAUGGGUCUUGGAACAAAAGUUAUUCUGCAUCUUAAAGAAGACCAAACUGAGUACUUAGAGGAAAGGAGAAUAAAAGAGAUUGUGAAGAAGCACUCUCAGUUUAUUGGCUAUCCCAUCACUCUUUUUGUGGAGAAGGAACGUGAUAAAGAAGUCUGUGAUGAUGAGGCAGAACAAAAGGAAGACAAAGAAGAAGAAAAGGAAAAAGAAGAAAAGGAGUCUGAGGACAAACGUGAGAUAGAAGACGUUGGCUCUGAUGAAGAAGAAGAAGAAAAGAAGGAUGGUGACAAGAAGAAGAGGAAGAUCAAGGAGAAAUACAUUGAUCAAGAAGAACCAAAUAGAACAAAGCCUAUUUGGACCAGAAAUCCUGAGGACAUUAGUAAUGAAGAGUACGGAGAGUUCUACAAGAGCUUGACCAACGACUGGGAAGAUGAGUUGGCAGUGAAGCAUUUUUCAGUUGAAGGACAGUUGGAAUUCAGAGCUCUUCUUUUUGUCCCAAGAUGUGCUCCCUUUGAUCUGUUCGAAAACAGAAAGAAGAAGAACAACAUUAAGUUGUAUGUUCGCAGAGUUUGCAUCAUGGAUAACUGUGAGGCGCUAAUCCCUGAGUAUCUGAACUUCAUUAGGGGUGUGGUGGACUCUGAGGACCUCCCUUUAAACAUUUCCCGUGAGAUGUUGCAACAAAGCAAAAUUUUGAAAGUUAUUAGGAAGAAUUUGGUCAAAAAAUGCUUAGAGCUCUUCACUGAACUGGCAGAAGAUAAAGAGAACUAUAAGAAGUUUUAUGAGCAGUUCUCUAAAAACAUUAAGCUUGGAAUACAUGAAGCUUCUCAAAAUCGAAAGAAACUUUCAGAGCUGUUGAGGUACUACACUUCUGCUUCGGGUGAUGAGAUGGUUUCUCUCAAGGACUAUUGCACAACAAUGAAGGAAAACCAGAAACACAUCUAUUACACCACAGGUGAGACUAAGGACCAGGUCGCUAACUCUGCCUUUGUGGAAUGUCUUCGGAAGCACAGCUUAGAAGUGACCUACAUGAUCGAGCCCAUCGAUGAGUAUUGUAUUCAACAGCUGAAGGAGUCUGAGGGGAAGACCUUGGUGUCAGUCACCAAAGAGGGCCUGGAACUUCCAGAGGACAAAGAAGAGGAAAAGAAACAGGAAGAAAAAAAGACAAAGUUUGAAAACCUCUGCAAAAUCAGGAAGGACAUCUUGGAGAAGAAAGUUGAAAAGGUGGUUGUGUCUAACUGAUUGGUGACAUCCCUGUGCUGCAUUGUCACAAGCACAUAUGUCUGGACAGCAAACGUGGAAAGGAUCAUGAAGGCUCAAGCGCUGAGAGACAACUCAACAAUGGGUUACAUGGCAGCGAAGAAGCACCUGGAGACAAACCCUGACCAUUCCAUCACUGAGACCUUGAGGCAAAAGGCAGAGGCUGACAAGAAUGCCAAGUCUGUGAAGGAUCUGGUCAUCCUGCUGUACGAGACGGCUCUCCUGUCUUCUGGCUUCGGUCUGGGGAUGGAUCCCCAGACAGAUGCUAACAGGAUCUGUAGGAUGAUCAAACUUGGUCUUGAUAUUGAUGAAGAUGAGCCCACUGCUGAUGACAGCGGUGCUGCUGUAACUGAGGAGAUGCCGCCCCUCGAAGGAGACAGUGACACGUCCUGCAUGGAAGAAGUAGACUGAGCUCUGCCUGAGGAUUACAUGGCUGCGUGUUCAACACUCGUGUUUUCAUUUCUUCUGAUAAUAUGUUUUCAAGUACUUCUUUAUUUUUGUUAACAUUUAAAAAC